AUGGCGGCGGGGAAGGUUCCGGGUUCCAAGGAGCUCAUGCAGAUGGAUCUGUACGGACUGCUUGGUAUAGAAGCUGAUGCCGGCCAGAGAGAGAUUAAAAAGGCGUACAGACAGAAAGCCCUCACCUGUCAUCCAGACAAAAAUCCAGAUAAUCCUCGAGCUGCCGAGUUAUUUCACCAGCUAUCUCAGGCCUUGGAAAUACUGACUGAUGGAGCAGCAAGGGCUGCAUAUGAUAAACUCCGAAAAGCCAAGGAGGCUGCUGCCAAGAGGACACAGCAGCUUGAUGACAAAAGGAAGAAAGUCAAACUUGAUCUGGAGGCACGAGAAAGAGAGGCACAAGCGAGAGUAACAGAGGAGGAAGAAGUACUUGUUGCUCAAACAUUGGAACAAGAGAUAAUACGUCUUCGUGAAGAAGGAUCUAGACAGCUGGAGGAGCAGAAGAGGUUGAUACUUGAACAGAUUACGACGGAAAGGGAACAAAAGAUGCAAGGUAGCAGGGGAGGAAACACAGAGUGGGAAAAAGGACCUGCAAAAAUAAAGUUAAAGUGGAAAUGUAAAAAAGAAGAUGAGACAAAAGGGGGAUAUUCAGAAGAUGUUCUGAUAAGGCUUCUAGAGAAGUAUGGACAAGUAUUACAUAUUGUGGUAUCCAGCAAGAGCAAGGGAUCUGCAGUAGCUGAAUUUGCUACAUUUAAAGCAGCUGACCUUGCAGUGAGGAAUGAGAUUGGCUUAUUGAAUAACCCUCUCAAAAUUUCUUGGCUCAGCACACCACCUCCUUCUGCAGUGUCUGAUAAUCAGAGCAAGACCUCCUCAGGUUCUACCACUCAUUCAUCACAGAAUUCUGUACGAUCAGAGAGAGACUUUGAAAGUUUAGUGUUAAUGAAGAUGAGACAGGCAGCAGAACGUCAGCGUCUGAUAGAGCAACUGCAGCGUGAGGAUGAAGAGGCUGACGCCUAA